GUCUCUGAGCUGUGAGGAGGACGACAGCUCUGCUGGAUGGACUCUGAGGAGAAACACAAGCAAACGACAGAGGACUCAGUGUGGAGAUGGGUGGGGAAAACCAGCUGGUUCUUCCUGUAAAAUCAGCUACAUUGAUCCACUGGAAAGUGGAGUUUACUGGUGUGAGUCCAGAGAGGGUGCCAUCAGUAACAUGGUUAACCUCACAGUCACUGGUGGAUCAGUGAUCCUGCAGAGUCCUGUCCUCCCUGUGAUGGAGGGAGAUGACGUCACUCUGCUCUGUCAAACAAAGACCACUCCCUCCAACCUCCCAGCUGCUUUCUAUAAAGAUGGUAUCUUCAUCGGGCACCAGUCUUCAGGUAACAUGACCAUCCAGCAUGUUUCCAGGUCUGAUGAAGGCCUCUACAAGUGUGACAUCAGCGGUCAUGGAGAGUCUCCAUCCAGCUGGAUCACUGUCACAGUUAAACCUCCAACUAUUGUCAUCCUGACUUCUGAAGCUCCGCCCCCUGUCUUAACCCUCCUGCAUUUUGACUUUACAUUAAUGUGCUACCUGGUGGUGUUCAGUCCAUUAUUCAUUUCAACUCUCCUCUUUGAGCCACUAUAGGAAAUGACCUGCUGAUCCCCAAGAAGAUGACCCUACUCACAGAGGCUGAGCAGGGAUAGGACAAUUAGUCUGAUAUCACCAAGAGCAUCACUGAUGAUUUGAACCAAAGACAGUGUGCUGUCCCUUAGCUGUUCCCACUUUGCUUUGUUUAAAUACUUUACGUGCAAAUUCACAAAUUUUUGACUGCAGGUUUAUUUGUAGUUUCUUUUAGGAAGACUCUUUUUGCUAUCUUACCUCUGAAUGAGGCAGUACAUUGAAGAUAUUAAACCUAAAGAACGAUUUUAAGAGACAGUUAAAAAGAAAGCUGAGUUUUUUCAACAUAGAGACUCAAUUAAAAUAUAUUGCUGUCAUGUGUAUUGAGGGGUAGCACUGCUACGUAUGUAGGUUUCACCUGGCUUCACUCAUGAACCACUUUGUUAAAGAGAAU